AUGGAAAUAGAAGAAAAAGAUAAGGAAACAUUCAGUGAUAAACCUUAUUGUUCUCAUCAACAACAAAUAAGUGAUGAGAAAGAUGAUGUUACGCAAGAGGAAAAGCAACCUGUUGAUAAGAUGACCCUUCUACAUCAGGCAUUAUCACAAGCUAGCGUUACACGAGCAAAACGUUGCAAACAGAUUCUUAUUUUAAAACAACAAUAUUAUUGGUCUUCAAUAAUAUUUGUGCUUGAAAUUUAA